GCUGGCAGUGGCUGCGUUGUUGACACUACACUAAUCAAGUCGUUCCGUUGAGUGUGAUAGUUUCUACAGUGCUGCUAUUCGGGGGCUAGCUGGCUAGCUAGCAGUUGUCAUUCAGACACUCUUAAAUAUGCCUUGUGUCAUUCAGACACUCUUAAAUAUGCCUUGUGUCAUUCAUACACUCUUAAAUAUGCCUUGUGUCAUUCAUACACUCUUAAAUAUGCCUUGUGUCAUUCAUACACUCUUAAAUAUGCCUUGUGUCAUUCAUACACUCUUAAAUAUGCCUUGUGUCAUUCAUACACUCUUAAAUAUGCCUUGUGUCAUUCAUACACUCUUAAAUAUGCCUUGUGUCAUUCAUACACUCUUAAAUAUGCCUUGUGUCAUUCAUACACUCUUAAAUAUGCCUUGUGUCAUUCAUACACUCUUAAAUAUGCCUUGUGUCAUUCAUACACUCUUAAAUAUGCCUUGUGUCAUUCAUACACUCUUAAAUAUGCCUUGUGUCAUUCAUACACUCUUAAAUAUGCCUUGUGUCAUUCAUACACUCUUAAAUAUGCCUUGUGUCAUUCAUACACUCUUAAAUAUGCCUUGUGUCAUUCAUACACUCUUAAAUAUGCCUUGUGUCAUUCAUACACUCUUAAAUAUGCCUUGUGUCAUUCAUACACUCUUAAAUAUAACUUGUGUCAUUCGGGAGAUGGGCACAUCUAUUUUAGCACCAUGCCAACACACGCACACAGUUUCUGAGCCAAAUGAGGAACUUUAGAAACUGUUCAUUUUUAUUAAUUAAGAUUGGUUAGCACAUUUAUCACAGGCAAGUUAAGUUGAUAGAAUACCAAUCAGUGUACACGUGUGUCACACUUUACAUCUAUGUAUACUUUAUUUGGCAGGAACAAUGUACAACAAAUCAUCAGUCUGAGUAUGAGAAGGGAUGUGUUGCACCAGAUUUAAUUUACAUUUUAAUUUCAUCCCUAUAUUUAAUCCCAACAUUCAGGCUUCUGUGGCACCAAAGUGGUCAACUGAAACCAAUUAGAAAACGGUCUAUACAGAGGUAGCGGAAACACUGGCUCUUAUCUUUUGCUUGGCCAGCAGGAGGACGCCUGGAAAAGUGUGUGUUUAGGCUGAUAUUUAGAUCUAUGAUCAUGAGGCGUUUUGACUUUUGAGAAAAACUUAAAGACCUGUGGGUAUAGCAGGCCUAUUUUUUGCCAUGCAAUAUGACCAGUAGGUAGAUGCCAUUAUAUUUGUUGACACAGAAGUAUUUAUAGUAGGUUACUUAUGAGCCAGAUAUGAAGAAGGUAACCAUUUGAAAUCAUCCUCUAAAUAAAGUUAAGAAAUAUGUCGAUCUGUCAGUGCGAAAUAGGCCUAGGCCACAGUGCGUACAAACACUGAUCUACGAGCAGAUAGACUUCCCACCAAUGACACUUCGGUUACUCACCGACCUGCCCACUUGGCUGGAGUUGUGCUAUCUCAUCUAACCUAUCCUGCCAUGCCCAGCGGUGUGUGUGGAUGUCCAACACUACUGACUAACAGCUGUCUCGGCAUUGUCUCUAACAAUGGACUUUGAAACGAAGAUUUAUACCAAAAUCGGUGGAUAUGGACGAUAUAACAGAAUUGUUUCCAUAUUCAGCUGGUUUCCGAAUUUUGCUGUGAUGCUGAAUCUUUGUUGCGACGUUUUUUACACCCUGAUUCCCGGGUCGUACCACUGUAAACCCGACCCGACCCUUUUACCUUCGGGUUUUCUUUUCAGUAAUUAUUCCAGACAAGGGUAUCUCAAUUUUGCCAUACCGUGGGUGAAUGGUUCUGGACUGAGUCACUGUAAACUUUAUAAGUACCCUAGAAACGUCUCCAACUUCAUAGACAGCAUUCCAAAGGAGAUGGUGCCAUGUACGAGAGGAUGGGAGUACGACCAAGCUGCGGCGCUUCAGAGCAACUACGUGACAGAGUGGAACCUAGUGUGUGUUGACUACUGGAAGAUUCCUCUGCAGCACAUCUGCUUCAUGACAGGGUGGAUUGUGGGAUAUGUCCUCCUGGGCACAGUGUGUGACUGGUUGGGUCGUCGACAGGGCUUCCUGCUGUCUGUGUCUCUGUCCGGUCUGUUAGGAGUAGCUGUGUGUCUGUCCAACAGCCCUGUAGUGUUUCUGCUGCUACGCCUGUCUCAGGGCGCCAUGUUGGCUGGGGUCUUCCUCUCCUCUUACCUCGCCAGACUGGAGCUGUGUGACCCUUCCCAUCGUCUCAUGGUUGAAAUGGUCAGUGGUUUCUUUGCCGUCGUGGCAGAGCUCUUGUUGCCAGGGCUGGCGGUGCUCUGUCGUGAUUGGCCAGUUCUUCAAGCAGUGGCAACCUUGCCACUGCUCCUGUUGCUCUCCUAUUGGUGUUGUCCAUCAGUGUUUCCUGAGUCUCCACGCUGGCUUCUGGCCACAGGUCAGAUCCACCAGGCUAAGAGGUGUCUCCAGAUCUUCUCCACCAGAAACAGAGUCUAUCUCAAUGAGGACAUCUACCCUGCUGAGAACCUGCUCUCAGAGAUCGAUGCGGAGUACCCAGAUUAUACCCAGCCUUGCUACCACUCAGUCCUGGAGUUGCAUUCCACCCGAGUGAUCUGGAGGAACUGCCUCAUCCUUAGCUUUACUAUGUUCAUAGGCACAGGCAUCCAGUACUGUUUCAUCAGGAACCUUCACAGCUACUCCCACAACUUCUACUUUAGUUACUUCCUGCGUGUGGUGACUGGAGCUCUGGGAUGUAUCUUCCUCUGCCUGUCCGUCAACCUCUUUGGUCGCCGUGGUAUCCUGCUUCUGUCUGCCAUUAUUACCGGCCUGUCCUCGCUGCUGCUGCUGGCCCUCACACAGUAUCUUUGCGGAGUGCUGGUGUUGGUGCUGUCUGUGCUGGGGCUCCUCUUCUCCCAGGCCCUGGCCAUGCUCAGUGCAUUCUUCGCCAGUGAGGUCAUGCCCACCGUAGUCCGUGGUGGUUGUCUGGGGCUGGUGCUUGCGUCUGGCUGUAUGGGGAUGGCUGCCUCCUCUAUGAUGGAGCUCCAGAACAACAGGGGUUUCUUCCUCCACCACGUCAUCUUCGCCUCCUUCGCCGUCCUCUCGGUGCUGUCCAUCAUGCUGCUGCCGGAGAGCAAGCGCAAGCCGCUACCCGACUCCCUGAAGGAUGGAGAGGGCCAGCGACGGCCCCCUCUCUUCCUGUCCCGUGAAGACAACCUGCCCCUGCUCUAUACCCGGCGUGGAGCCUCCGAGUACAACCCUGAUAACUACUCCCGCCUGGUCACCGCCACCAGGAAGAUGCUCAUCAAAGACAAUUUACCCUAUAAGAUCGUUGUGCCCUCCCAGUCCCCACUGCUGCCUUCCAACAGCGAGGUACACUGAAUACUGGAGGAAGAGGCACUAAGAGAGGACUUAUCUUAGCAGCCUCUAACUACCAUCACCCAUUCUCCUCUCUCACAGAGAGACCUCACCUCAAACCCUCUGGAUAUCCCUCCCUGGUUUCAUCCUGGGCUAGCUGCCUGGUUCCCUUUCACCAGACUGAGACGGUGCGAUCCAGACUCGUAUCGCUCUGAACGACUGGUCUUCUUGGAUAUUUGGAAGGGGAGGAGAGUUGGAGAUGUGUGUAUUUACUGUGUCCGUCUUUUUUGUUGUUGUGCCAAGUGUUUCAAACAAUACAACAGAAACGAUCUGUGUGUGUGCUUGCGCAGACUCUGCUGAAAGACUGUGCUAAGUCCUUUGUUUUUGUACUGAUUGAGAUCUGCUGUUUCUAAGACUGUGUUAACGCCCUCCCUUCUCCAGGCUGUGCAGCAUGGGAGCUAUGGCUUUAUUAACCACUAAGGCUCACUUGAGAAGCGUUGCUUGUCCACUUAACUGGUGACUCAUGCUUUUCAGUACUGCUGUCUUGUGACUGCAAAGAGAAAGAGCAGGGUCCUGACUGUUACUUAAUCUGACUCAUUGGUGACUCAACGAGGGGACCUCACAGAUAGAAGUCAGUUUGGCUCAAACUGGAAUGUAUUGUAGCCAAUUGUUAGAUUUUUUCCUUUUGGGGGGGGG